UCUCUGCCGGCGCCCCCGCGGGCCGCCUCCCGCCUGCUCAAGCCCGAGCUGCAGGUCUGCGUCUUCUGCCGGAACAACAAGGAGGCCGUGGCCCUCUACACCACGCACAUCCUCAAGGGACCCGACGGGCGCGUCCUCUGCCCGGUGCUGCGGCGCUACACCUGCCCGCUCUGCGGCGCCAGCGGGGACAAUGCCCACACCAUCAAGUACUGCCCCCUCUCCAAAAUGCAGGCGGCCAAACAGCUCAAACACGCCCGGACCGCCCUGGGCAAGAAGGUGCGCUAGGCGCGGCCGGGGACGCCGGAGGGGCGAGCGGCCGCGCAGCGGGGCCCCGCCGCCCAGGAGACCUCUUCCUGCUCUUGUCUUUUUUUUUUCCCCUUUUUUAAGAUUGUCUUAAGAGCGGAUUUCUUUUUGUUCUUUAACACAUUAAUAUAUUAAACGCGGAGACUAGAGUGUGAGAGUCCCCGGGCUGGUGUCUUGCAGCGGAUAGCUUCUAGUUUGUGCGCUUGGCGUUCAGGGAGCCCAGCGCGGAGCCUAACGCUAUGUCAUGGUAAUUGC